AUUUUAAUAUGUUCAACCUACUUAUCAUAUUCACCUAGAAAUUAGAAAGAUGAGCUUAAACUCGAGCACAUCUCAGCUUGUUUUAAAAGAGCUGGAAAAUUAAUUGCAUCUUUGAAUUUGGUUGUGUCGAGCUGAGCCGAUCCCACAAGACUUGAAUAUUUACCCCUGAACUUCCAUUAAAUUACGUUUACACCCUCACCUCCUCACGUAUAUACCCCCACCUCCACCCCGAUUCUGCCACUUCUCUUUUCCCCUUUUCUUUUGUGCGUUUUGGUUCGUUUCUGCGGUGGUGCUGCUCCUCCAAACCUCGUUGAAGGCGGAGGCGGAGGAGGAUACAUACUGAGAUAAACAUAAGGAAUUGAAAGAUACAGAGCCCAUGGGAUUCCAAUGAAGAAACAAGUGUAUAAACAAUAACGAUAAAAUACAAAGCCUACUGUUCAAUUCAUCUUUUACUUUCUUCUUUUUCAUUCCACAUUUUAAUAUUUUGAUUUUUACUUUAGCUUGCUCUGUGUAUACAUCAUUGCAUUGCAUCGGGUGAUUAUCGGAAGAUGAUUGGGUGAUUAUCGGAAGAUGAUUGUUGACGCUAACAUGUAAUUAUCCUCAACGUAGUUGUAUCCAUCGUCGACCACCUAUCAUUUCGUAUUAUUCAUCUCGGCUCCAAUACUUUGCAUAACCAAGUCAAUUCAGAUCCUUCCUCAAACCUUUUUCCAUCAUCAAUCUCACUACACUUUGCUUCAAACCGGAUGCCGAUCUAAUCCUUUAUUGCCUUCCCGUUUAUUUAUUCAUCUCUAUCUGGAUGUCCUAUGUGUAAUCAUCUCCGUUUUCGUGGAAUCGAUUUUGAUUGCAGCUACAUUUGUUUAUAUUCAUCGCCCUUUUGACUUUAAAUGCCUUUCUCUUCUUCAUUAUCACUUUAAUACCAUCGCCGCAUGAUCUAUAGAUUUUGAUUUCACCGUAUUGUCUACAUGUAGGCUGGAAAAACUUAUAGAUGCCUUUGCUUAAUUUCAGGCAUGGACAUUGGUUAGGCUGCACCCUCUGAGUACGGAUGCAUAUCCAUUUUGUACUUAAAGGUCUUGACAUUUCAAUCCGUGUUUGAGAACCAUCAUGAGCUCAGCAGAAAAGAGAAAGGGAUUCGUUGAUUAAUUGCAGAGGCUAGGUUUUGCUUUUGGUUUAAUGUGUUGAUCGAACCACUAAUACUCAUAGGAUAGUUACUUAGUUGUAUACAGUAGUUUGAUAGAAGAACAAGGUAUACAGCCCCCAAAUAAGAGAAGAGAUUGCUAAGAAUAACUUGCUAGAUACUAUGGGAUUGCCACAAGAUCCUUACAUUGGAACCUCUGAGGUUGCAGGGAUAUCAAGCACCUUGGAGCACAGUUUUCCUGUAAUUGAUGAGGAGAGUUGUAAGUUAAAUGAGAUGAAAGCAGAAAAUACAAGAAGAGAAAGCGUUGGAUGUUCCCUUGAUUCUUUAUUUGGUGAUUGUGUUGUUAAAACCUCAUUGGACAAAUUUCAAUUUCCAGAUGCUGUAAGUAAAGAGUCCACUGAUGUCAAAGGGACAAGAAUUGGUUCAAAGAAUAAGCUUGAUUUGUCAACACCCAAAUCUACAAAAACUGUUACAACUUCAUUUUCAAGAAUUGUGGGAUUUGAAUCUGGUAAAAAGGAUUCAUCCUCAGAUGCAUUUGAUGGAGCUUCAACCAGACAGGUAUAUGAAAAAGUAACUGAUGUGCCUAUUGCCAGGAAAAGGAUGUUGUCACCACUGAACAAUAUGCUUUCUUCUCAACCAUCUGACAAUGAUGAUAUAGAUAUAGCCUCCUGCAACAAUCACCAAGUUUCUGGUAAUGUUAAAGCUGAUGAUCACAAGAUCAAGCUUUACAAGAAAGCAAAUACCUCUAAUCUUGUGUGGCCUGUAUCUGAUGGGCCAGUUCUUGAUGCAAAUGAAGUGCCAUUCUUUCCACCUGGAUUUAAGGAUUUUAAAGACUCAAGCAAGCAAAGAUUGCAGACCAGGCCUAUCCCAAUAUCCACAGAUAAGUUGACCUUGUUGACCUGUUCUUCUUCAUCUCCCCUUGGUCCAAGAUCUUCCAAUGAAAGAAAACAUUCAUCAUCCAACAAUGUGGAGAAUCCAGAUGGAGAAACAAUAAUCUCAGGUACCAUAUUUGCAUCAAGCGAAGUGGAUUACAGGAUGCCAAGCAAUUCACUUGAAGAAAUCAGCUAUUUAUGUGAGGAAAUUGGGUCAUCAUGUUCUCCUAAAAGUUACACAGGAAAGAGUUGGCCUUUCCACAAACACAAAGAGUUAGGAUUUCGGAAGUUAAGGCAAAAAUCAAGGGGUCUUCCUGUUAGGAGAUCAUUAGUUGGUUCUUUUGAAGAAUCAUUGUUAUCUGGCAGACUCUCAUCAGGAGACAUUAACAAGAAAAUCGAUGGUUUUCUAGCUGUUCUAAGUGUAAACGGGGGAAACUUCUCACCAAAAGCACGCAAACUUCCCUUUGCAGUUACCAGUGUUGAUGGAGAUAGUUACUUACUAUACCAUGCUUCAAUAGAUCUUGCAGGAAACAACUUAUCAAGUAGCAUUCUUCACAAUGAUGAUUCUCAAAAUGCUAAAAGCCGUUUGCGAAUUCCAAUGAAAGGUCGCAUACAACUGGUUUUAAGCAAUCCAGAGAAGACACCUCUUCAUACUUUCUUCUGUAAUUAUGAUUUGAGCGACAUGCCAGCUGGCACAAAGACAUUCCUACGACAUAAGGUCACCCUUGCAACUUCCAGACAGGGCACAAAAGUGUGCAAUGGUGCUGGUUGCCAGGUGGAUGGUGACAUGGCGUCCAGUGUAUGUUCUUCAAGGGUGAAUGGAAGUGCUGCCAUUGUUGGUGCUCUACGCUAUGCUCUUCAUCUUCGUUUUCUAUGUCCCCAUAGAAAAUGCUCAAUAUAUGAAAAGAAUAAGUUAGAUAAUGAUCAAUUGGAGCGUAAGUUUUUCUUGUGCAGUGAUUUGAAGGUGGUGUUCCCACAACGCCAUUCAGAUGAUGAUGAAGGGAAGUUAAUUGUAGAAUAUCAUUUUCCAGAAGAUCCAAAGUACUUUGAUAUCGGGUGAUGACACGGUGAGGCACCAUAUAAUAUAUUAUACACAUAUACAUAUAUAUAGGAGUUAGAAAAUAAAUGUGAAGGACUGUUUGUAUAUGCUAUUUACCAGUAGAUAGAUAGAUAGAUAUGGUAAAUUAGAAAUAUGAUUCCCUUGAUUUUUGGUUUACUUUAAUGUAAAAGCAUUUGUGUUCUUUUGUUUUAUGAUGUUGAGUUUAGACAUUACAAUUCAUGUAGAAUGUUGUUUUUCA